AUGGAGAUCAGUGGAGAGGAUAUUUAUAGCUGGUGUAGAAGUAAGGGGGUGGAUGUACAGAAAAGUGUGGGUAUUCUGGGAAAUUUUGUUGAUAUUAUUGAAGAAGAUAUUAUUAGUGAAAUAAAAAAAAUGUAUGGAGUGAAACAACCGCAUAUUGCAGAUAAGUGGAAAGAUGUUAGUGAUGAGAUAUGUGCCGUUUUAAUAAGUAAUGACAAUCAGCUAGAUGCGUCAGUAAUCCCAGCUAAUAUUCUAAUAGAAAGGAUACCGGGUAGGAGAUUGCAAGUGAGGUGGCCAGUCGAUAAGUAUAUAAAUGAAGGAGAGAAAGCCAUAAUUAAAGAAGAUAGUAAAGUGGAGAGUACUAGCGCAGGAUGUGUUCAUAAUACUAGUAAUACAUCCGAAGAAACAUCUAUGGGUGAAGAAAAAAUAGAUCCACAAGUGGAGAAUGUAAUGGAUAAAGUUGUUAGCCAUUUUGAAAGAUGGCAUUACGAAGGGGGAUAUAGAAGACUAAGGAUAUUUUCUGGGGUAAUUCCAGUUCCCUCUGGAGAAGAGAGCUACGAUGUAUGGAGGGAGGCGGCAGUACAACAUUCCGAGGAGUGGAGGUGUCCGGAGCAUAUUAAAAAACAGAGAAUUGUGGAAAGCCUAAGAGGACCAGCGAUGGGAAUCAUUCAUGCUACCAGGAGAAGUAACUCCCAUGCUACAUUAAAAAACUAUUUUGAUGCUCUGGACUAUUCUUUUGGGACAUUAGAAGAUGUGGGAGAUCUGUUGACUCGAUUAAAUCAGACUUAUCAAGAACCUACUGAAACCCUCACCACUUAUAUAUAUCGUUUAGACAAAAUUCUUUAUAAAUUGUUAGAUAAAGGAGGGGUUAAUCCCCCAGAAAUUGAUACCAUGCGACUAAAGUAUAUAUUGAGAGGAGCUAUGACUACCAAUCCUGUAGCUCAAAGAUUAAGGUGUAAGAUACCCAGGGAUCCUCCUCCUACUUUAGGAGAAUUGAUAAGAGAAGUUAAAUUGGAAGAAGUACAAAUUGAAAAUUGCGAAAAAAAUCUAAAAAGAGUCAAAGUUAUUGUUCCUACCUCUGAAGUUCCUUCUGUUAAUGAACACUUGCUAAAAGCUUUAGAGGAACAAAAUAAGAAAUUAGAUCAGUUAAUUUCUUUACAGAGUACCUUAUCUUCAAAUCCUAGGAUACAUCAAGCGGGCAGGGGGAGAGGUUUCAAUAGACGACCAGCUAGUAUGAGAAACCUCACUUGUUAUAGAUGUGGGCAAUUAGGACAUCGUUCUUUUGAAUGUAUACAGAACGAAAGUACCAGAGUCCAUGAGAACAGUUCGGAGUUGGGGUCAACAUCUAGGACGGAAAACGGGAAAGGGACGUCGAUGAACCCCGCAUCGACUCCCCGAUUAUAA